UUUAUAUGUGCAUGGUCUUCUCGGGUAGCGCCAGGGAGCCCAGCAGGGUACAGUUUCAGUGAAGAUUGGCCAUAAUGUAAAUAUGAUCCAUUCCCCAUAUUAAUCUGAAUCGGACCCGUUGAUUUCAGUGUGUGAUCGGCCGAUGCUUACAUGUUGGAGUCUUCAUCGACGCGACCUGAUCAGAGCGGCAUCCUCUCACGGUUUUUCCCCGCUUUCCUGAGAAGGUGAAGCCUUCAGAAAAAAACACCGCUGGCCGCUAUGAGACGAAUAACGGGAAAGGCGAAGGAUGAAACUUUGAUAGAGCUACAGAACGCGACGGAAUCACAGACUGCAGAUGGUCCUGCAGUGUUGACCGCAUUCAGGAUAAACCUGCACUCAGAUGGAAAUGGUGGAAAUGGUGUUGAUGCCCUUAAUGUCAGAGAGACACUGCCUGGAUUUACAGAGACCGAAAAGCUACAACCAAACACAGACACCGUGUUUUUCAGGGACGGAGUUCGGAGGAUAGACUUUGUGUUGUCUUAUGUAGAUGACAAAGAUGGAGAAAAGAAACAGGAGAGGAGGAGGGAGUUUGAGGCCAACCUUGAGAAAAUAGGACUGCAGCUGGAGACGGAAGAUAAAUCUGACUCCAAAGACCAAAAGACAUAUUUCUUAAAGAUCCAUGCUCCAUGGGAUGUACUGACCACCUAUGCUGAUGUCUUAAAGAUCAAAGUUCCCUUCAAGUUGAGUGAUAUCCCCCACAGUCAAGAUGUCCCACUGGAGUGGCUCUCGCAUCCUUUCCGCCUGCCAGAGCACAUCAUGCGUCCACAACCUGACUACUUUACCUACCCCUUCGACAAGGCCAAGACUGACUUCUUCCUUAUCACUGACAAGGAUACUUUCUUCCCGCCUUCCACAAGAAACAGAAUUGUGUACUACAUCCUGGCUCGCUGCCCGUACUACAAAGAGGGUCGGAGAGAAAGAGAGAAGACGGGAAUCAAGCGACUACUCAGUAAUGGGACGUAUACAGCAGCCUUUCCACUACAUGAUUGUCGAUACUGGAAAAGGGCAAGGAAUGCUGAAUGCGAGAGUGAGCGCUACAACCUGUACAAGCACUGGGCCAGUUUUCUCUGCUUUUACAAAGAGCAGCCUCUCAACCUCAUCAGAAAGUACUACGGGGAGAAGAUUGGGAUCUACUUUGCCUGGCUGGGCUUCUACACAGAGAUGCUGUUCUUUGCAGCCGUCAUGGGCCUUAUAUGUUUCACCUAUGGAGUGCUCAGUUAUGAUGACAACGUGUCAAGCAAAGAAAUAUGUGACCCCGAUAUUGGAGGCAACAUUGUGAUGUGUCCACUUUGUGAUAGAAAGUGCCCUUUCUGGAAGCUCAACUCUACGUGUCUCUCAUCCUGGCAAUCCCAUCUGUUUGAUAAUGAGGGAACGGUAUUCUUUGCCAUAUUUAUGGGGAUUUGGGUAACUCUGUUUUUGGAGUUCUGGAAACGGCGUCAAGCCCGGCUGGAGUACGAGUGGGACUUGGUGGACUUUGAAGAGGAACAGCAACAGCUUCAAAUCAGGCCCGAGUUUGAGAUCCGAUGCACUAACAGGAGACUCAACAAGAUCACUAAGGAAAUGGAGCCGUAUCUCCCCGUCACCAGCAAGUGUGCUCGCUUCUGCCUCUCGGCUGCCACUGUUAUAUUCUGGAUUUCUCUGAUAGUGGCCUGUAUUAUUGGGGUCAUAGCAUACAGGCUGGCAGUGUAUGCUGCCUUUGCAAGUAUCAUUAAAGAUCCUUUGAGGAAUAUCCAGUUGGUGGGCAGAUUCAUCACUCCACAGCUAGCGACUUCUGUCACUGCCUCCUGCAUCAACUUUGUCAUCAUCAUGAUCCUCAACUUCUUUUAUGAGAGGGUGGCCAUUUGGAUCACUGAUAUGGAAAUCCCAAAGACCCACCUCGAGUAUGAGAACAGGUUGACCAUGAAGAUGUUCCUCUUCCAGUUUGUCAACUACUACUCGUCAUGCUUCUACGUGGCCUUCUUCAAAGGCAAAUUUGUGGGUUAUCCUGGCAAAUACUCUUAUAUGUUUGGCGAUAGGAGCUCACUGAGAAAUGAGGAGUGUGACCCUGGAGGCUGUCUGAUUGAGCUGACCACACAGCUGGUGAUUGUUAUGUCAGGAAAACAACUCUGGGGGAACAUUCAGGAAGCUCUGCUGCCGUUAAUGCGUAACUGGUGGAAUAGCAGAAAGGGACGGCACCGUCCUGAGAACCAUUACAGCCGCUGGGAGCAGGACCACGUCCUGCUGAACUUCACCCAGCUGGGAUUGUUUUAUGAGUACCUGGAGAUGGUGAUCCAGUUUGGUUUCAUCACUUUGUUUGUGGCCUCUUUCCCCUUGGCUCCGCUCCUGGCUCUGUUCAACAACAUCCUGGAGAUCAGGGUGGACGCCUGGAAGUUUACCACCCAGUUCAGACGACCGGUGGCGUCCAAGGCCCGAAACAUUGGCGCGUGGCUGGAAAUCCUUAACACAGUGGCCAUUGUGUCUGUUGUUACCAAUGCUUUCAUAAUGGCGUUCACCUCAGACAUGAUCCCCCGUUUGGUCUUCCUGUAUACCAAUGGCCAAAAUUCCAGCAUGAGUGGCUACGUUAACAACAGCCUGUCAAUAUACAACAUCUCUCAGAUACCUGAGCGCAACAUGCCCGAGGAAAAAGACAACUGGUUUAUUAACUCAACUGACACCUGCAGAUACCGUGACUACCGUAACCCUCCAGGCCACACAAAGCAGUACAGUCAUACAAUGCAGUUCUGGCACAUCUUGGCAGCCAAAAUGGCCUUCAUUAUUAUCAUGGAACACGUGGUCUUCAUGGUGAAGUUCUUCGUGGCGUGGAUGAUCCCAGACGUCCCGUCAGAUGUGAAGGCUCGGUUUAAACGAGAACGCUACCUGAUUCAAGAGUACCUGCAUAACUAUGAGGUGGAGAGGGUCAAACUCCAGCUGAGUGCCAGUUUCAUCACAGAGCCACAGUCAGAAAUGUCCUCGAUGACAGACAAGCAUGAAGUGUUGUCUGAGUGCCUGUAGCCACCUGCUUCACACCUCCCCAACUAACCAAGCCAAGAACGGAAUGUCUGGGUGUCUUCCACAUACAAGGGCUUCCAUCUUUGGGAUAAAAACGCUAAUAUCUUUUCUUGCUGAAUGGACUCCUAUAUUAGGAUUUGUGUAGAGGUAUCCAAAAAAAAAAAAUCAAAUGUAACAUUUCACUUUGCUUAAAAUCUGCGUCUCAAGUGGAUGAAACAUUCCCGUGCCAUAAAAAGAUAGUUGGAAAAUAAUAGCAAAAAGAGCAAAAAGAUUGUAAUGGCAGCAUGUAUCAUUCUCCAUGUAACGCCUUCAAACUCUCCAUUUGUCAUGACUGAAAACAAUAAUCUCUGUAUGUGCUGGUAAAGUUAAAGUUUGUGGUUUUGAAACAUGUGACAUUAGGUGUAAUUACCCUUUAAAGAGUUGGUUAUGACUGUUUAGAAAAGAAGAUAUGGUCAGUUUUUAAAAUGUUUGUGUUUAAAAAAAUCAUAUCAUUUUAUGGAUACAUAUCCUUUCUUCUGUCAUGUAUUUUUUAAAUUGGUAACUACAUAACGUUUAUUUCCACUGAUCUAUAGCUGGGCUAUGACAUUGUCAGUUUUGUUAUUUGAGUGUAUUGUGUUAGGGAAAGGCUCUUAAAAAAGGUACCUCCAUCAUACAGCCAUACUGUAACAAUCAUAAGUGUUAUCAUUCCACCCUGACUGAGUUAGUAAUAUGGUGAGACAGCAGCUGCAGGCUCAUGCAGCUCAUCUUCCAAAAGUAUUUCCAACUUGCUGUGGGACCAAUUAUAGAAUUUCAACCAAGAAAAAACAAAGAAAAUGUAUUGACAGUUUCUGAUUUAAUACAAUCAGUUUGUGUGUGCAUGAAUUUAGGUUGAGUGUGUUUCGGCUUUACUCCUCGCAUUGAUAAUAAAUGGCUAAUAUUUCUGUUUUCAGAUUUCACAUUGUUGGCGUCUCCACAUACUGUAGGCAUAAACAAAGGCACCUUCAUUUCAGAGAUGAACAGAAAGGGGAAGAACUUGUUGUACCCUGGUUGGGAUAGUUGUGAGUGAGGAUUUCAGUGAAAAUAAAUUAUUUCAUGACUUUUAGUAACCCAAUCCUACUCUCUAUCUGGUUACUAAGUGUUGCUGUACUAGAUAUAAAGAAUACAUCAUCUAUUUAAAUGGGUUUUAGUGCAAUUAAUUUAUUGAUCGCCUUCUGCUCUGUAGCCUGAAGCUUUUGUAUUUAGAGUUACUUCAUACUACUCUUUUAAAGAUAUCUUUUAUCAAUUUACUUGCAACACCUUAUUCCUUAUUUUGUACUAUUCAUCACCUCAUAAAUCAAGCAGUGUUAGUUCACACAGCUUUUCCAGUACAUUUUAUGCUAUAAGAUUAUAUUUCCGUACAGAUUAGUCAUUUAUGAAAUACAGGAUCACUUUAGAUUUUUCUGUGAUUAUAUGGAAACCUCUGUAAUUGACUCUGUAAAUGUUGCAGUUGUGAUUUUUAUCUAUCAGCAAAUUAUAUUUGAAAGUUAAAAACAAAGCCUGACCAACUCACAUCUCAGGAUUAAACAUCUGAUCAUGUUUGUCGAGCAUCACUUGUUGAUGAAGUUUGCAGAUGUCAGAUGUGUGCAGAGCUUGAUCCUGCAACAUGCUUGAUGCAUUUCCCAACAAACAAAUGCCUUAAACCUAUGUGUUUACUUGUUUUGUAUGAUGUUGUAAUGACAAAGUUUUCUAUCUGAAUUCAAAACCUGUUUCAUAUCAUUUGUUGCUACUGCUGCUACAGUAGUCAUUGCAAAGUAGCUGUGUUGUCUGGUUUGAUGUGCAUGAAUUGCUGUAAAUAUUUUGUCAGUUCUAUUUUUAUUGUAGCCUAUUGUACAUAAAUGCAGUAAAGCUGGUAAUAUUCACAAUAAAUACAUAAAUAACUAGUUUUA